CCCGGUCAGCCGACAAUUUAGACAGUUGGAGGAACGCUUUUAUAAGAACCCAUUGCCGUGCGGAAGGAAAGGAUCGGAAAAGUGGAAAAGGGAAAACGAAAGGGGAGCGUCAACCUAGAUCGAUCGAUGGCGUCGUUUGGGGAAGCUCCGCCGGGCGAUCUCAAGGCCGGGGAGAAGAUCUUUAAGACCAAAUGCGCGCAGUGCCACACCGUGGAAAAGGGCGCCGGCCACAAGCAAGGGCCGAAUUUGAACGGACUUUUCGGGAGACAAUCUGGGACGACUGCAGGUUACUCUUACUCCGCUGCUAACAAGAACAUGGCUGUGAUAUGGGAGGAGCAGACAUUAUACGAUUACUUGCUUAACCCUAAGAAAUAUAUUACUGGUACUAAGAUGGUUUUUCCUGGUUUGAAGAAGCCGCAAGAGCGUGCGGAUCUAAUUGCUUAUCUCAAACAGGCAACUGCCUAAGGUUUUUGUUUGCCCUACUAGACACUUUUUUUUUCUCAUUAAAUAAGAAUAACAUGCUAUGAUGAUUGUGAUCAGGCAGUUAGUUACAAAACAUUCUUUACAAAGUUUACUAUCGAAUUUCCGAUGGAGUGAAUCUGUGUUUUUUUUC